AUGGCUGCUAUAGAAUCACUUGAUAAAGAUCUUGUACUGAUAAUUAUAGCAUCCACUAUCAACAGCUCUGUUAAACAGUUGAAGGAUCUUACAGGCCAAUCAACCGUUGAAUUAAGCUUAGAUGCCUUUUUGGCAAAAAUGAAUGGUUUGAUUGUGGACUAUACUGAAGCAUUCAAUCAGGCUCCGGUAGAUUACAAGGUAGAUAAAUUAACAUUUGCUACAUUAAUAAAAGAAAGAAAGUUUGCAGACUUUGUUGAAGUAUCAGGCAACAUAUUAAAAAUCGAAACAAAUGCUAAAGCAUUUCAAGCCAUAUUGAGCAAUAUAGCAGUGACGUCUACAUUGAACUAUGCUAAGCUUCUUAUUAAAAACAUUGAUGACUUAGGUAUUAUAUAUAGAAGCUCGAUGGAUAAAACUGGUGCUGUAGGGUCAGAAAAAGGUGAAAAUGACAAUGCUCUACAAGAUACAAAUAUAGAGAAGUAUACCAUAGAGGAAGAAAUCGGAAGUGGUGAAGUUCAAGAAGAUACUGAAAGUAAUGAAGAAACAAAGCAAGAAGGUGAAGUUCAAAAGGCUUAUGAGCAAGAUAUAGAAGCGGAAGAUGAUCAAGAAGAAGAUAAAAUUGGAUUAGACGUAGAAGUAGAGCAUGACCAUAAUGAAAAAGACAUUGAAGACAUAGAAGAGCACGAGAAUAAUGAAUUGGAUAAAGAGGAAACAGAAAAUAUAGAACUCGGAGAACAAGGAGACAACAUAGAAGAAGAACAAGUUGAAAACAAAGAUGAAAAUCCAGACGAGCCAGAAGACAAAGAACAAGAAGAAGACAAAGAACAAAAAGAACAAGAAGAACUAGAAGAAGACAAAGAACAAGAAGAACAAGAAGAACAAGAAGAACAAGAAGAACAAGAAGAACAAGAAGAACAAGAAGAACAAGAAGAACAAAAAGAACAAAAAGAACAAGAAGAACAAAAAGAAAAAGAAGAAGCAAAAGAUGAAGCAAAAGAUGAACAAGAAGUGGACGAACAAGAAGAUCAAGCAGUAGAAGGUCAAGAAGAACAAAAAGAAGAACUAAAAGAAGAGCCAAAGGAGCAAGAAGAUCACGAAGUACAUGAAGAAGAAGAACAAGAUGAAGAGAAAUUGGAAUUGAACUUGGAAGAGGAACAAGAUCAACAAGUAGAUAAAGAUGCAAAGAAAGUCAAAGGUGAGCAAGGCAAUGCUACUCCAGUUGAGUCCAAAAAUAAUGUUCAAACUCCCGAACCUAAAUCAUCUGAUGGUAGUAUUAAAGAAGAAUUACGUUCUCAGUCAUCUAGAAAGCGUUCCCGAUCAUUGUCAGUAUCUACUCCUCAACAACAUAAAAGGUUCCAACAUAUUGCUGUUAAUUUGAUAAAUAACAUACAGGCCCAUAGAUUUUCAUCCCCUUUCUUGCAAGCAGUUAAUACCAAAGAGGCACCAGAUUAUCAUGAGGUAAUUUAUGAACCAAAAGACUUGAAAAACAUUUUAAAGUCAAUUAAGCUGAAGAACGAUCCACCAGAAUAUCAACUGAUCAAACAAUUAAAAAGAGAUAUUAUGUUAAUGUUAGCUAAUUGUAUUAUGUAUAAUAAGUCUGACACAGAUUUGGUUCAAUUAACCAAAAGCAUGAAGAAUGACGUGAAUAAUAUAUUCAAAUUAUUCGAAGAGGCUGAACUGGAUACUAAAUAA